UGCGUAAUUGUCUGGGUGGACCAAUGAGCGCGCAGCCGCAGCUGUGAUUGGAGAAACCUGCGGAGUCAGGAGUCGGGAUGAGCACUUUUGAGCUUGAAGGUCUUCACGUUCUUGGAAAGAUGUCUGAGAGGCCCCAGAGUCCGGAGUACCAGAGCAGACCUUAUGAUUACAGCCGAGCCAACGCUUACAGUCAAGUUUUUGUUGAAGAAAGUUUAAGCAUCGCUUCAUCGUCGUUCCAGCUUCCUCAUGGUGUUUUGCCGGACCCCAGCCUGCUUUACAGCAAGACAGCUUAUGGAGGCAUCGCAGCCCCAUCCGCGCAGGCCUUUCUCCCGUUCCCAACCGUCCCCGGCGACUACAGGGACUCCGAGCUGCAAGCUGGAGACUUUGGACAACCCAAGCAUUGGUAUCCCUUCACUGCGCCCGAGUACACCGGUCAGGUACCCGGCGUGACCGCAGCCACCCAGCCCGCAAACCUGAGCCCCCAGAUCGCUGAGACCCGGGAGCAAAUUAGGCUGCCCGAGAUCAAGACCGAGAAGGACACCGGAGAUGAGUAUUCAACCGAGAUGAAGGUCCAGCAAUACCCGGUGCCGUCAUCCUCCACGGGCAUGCCCCACCACCACCACCACCACGGCGUCUUCUACCCCGCRGCCUGGAACCCGACCUUUUGGCCAGGGAUCGCCCACAUCAACCCGCCAAGCACCAGUGCCCAAAACCCACCGGGACCCUCUGCGUCGUCCCCUUCCAUGUCCCCGUCACCUCCGAUCAACGGGACUCCGCGGAGCGCGUGUUUCGGCGUGAGCUCCGCUCAAGCCGCGGCGAGCCCCAGGCGCAGAACCCGGCCUCCAACACGCGGAGCAGCGGCUCGUCCAGUGGGGGCUGCAGCGACUCUGAGGAGGAGAACCUUUCCACUGAAGAUGGAGCAGUUUGCCAAGGAGCUGAAACACAAGCGCAUAACUCUGGGUUUCACUCAGGCAGAUGUUGGCCUUGCUCUGGGUAACCUUUAUGGCAAGAUGUUCAGCCAGACCACCAUAUGUCGCUUUGAAGCUCUGCAGCUGAGCUUCAAGAACAUGUGCAAGCUGAAGCCCCUUCUGCAGAGAUGGCUGGUCGAGGCAGAGACCUCGGAAAAUCCUCAAGAUAUGUACAAGGUUGAGCGAGUUUUUGUCGACACCAGAAAAAGGAAGAGGAGGACCAGCCUGGAGGGAGCGGUGCGCUCCGCCCUGGAGUCCUUCUACAUCAAGUGUCCCAAACCRAACACUCAGGAAAUCACACAAAUCGCAGAUGAGUUGGGCCUGGAAAGAGACGUGGUGCGUGUUUGGUUCUGCAAUCGGAGGCAGAAAGGGAAGCGCCUGGCCCUGCCGCUGGACGAGGAGUGUGACGGUCAGUACUACGAGCAGAGCCCUUYGUCUCUGAGCGUGGCCCCCUCCCCCGUUUCCAGUCAAGGCUACCCGUCCUCCAGCAGCUACGCCGGACCGCCUCCCCCCAUGCUCUACAUGCCGCCGCUUCACCGGCCGGACGUCCUGAAACAAGCCCUGCACUCCGGACUGGUGGGCCACCUGACAGGGUAGACUGGGUGGGUAUUCCCGACUAGACCAGCUUUCCCUACAUCUGACACAAAUCCAAGCGACUGAACUCAGAAACUUGACUGGUAAUAAGGGCAAAAUGAGAAAAGAAUUGGGCUUAUUUUUACUGUUAAACAAUUUAGAAUUUUACAAUUGUGCCUUUUUUAUAUCCACUGUUGCAUUCUGAACACUUUAAGGCUUUAACCAUUUUAAAAGUUGUACUAAAAGAUGGUCUGCUUCAGUAUUUGGUGCAGAUCUAUGGUGAAAAUAGGGUAUAAGUAUCCACUUUUUUUGUAUUGUUUGAUAGGUUGUCCAUGAUUUUUAUUUUUUUAAUUUUUCGAAAAGUUGACAAUAAUUGUGCAAUAUUUGUGUACCAUCAGAACUAUAUAACUAAUACUCCUUUUUAAUUGCUCACUAAAAUCAAAGCAAUGCUGUUUGUUUGCUUCUUUUUAAAAAAAAUUUGCACAAACUUUAAAAUAAAAGUAUUCAAACAUUAAUGUAAAAGACCCAAAUUCAAAGGGARACAUUGCAGGUGUGUGUUUUACUUAUUACGCUUGUAUAAUGUCAGCGUCAACAUUUUAAAAGUGAACUGUUGACUGAAGCCAAGAUGGAGAAUAGAGACAAACUGAACCUGUUUGUUUUAGAAAGUUUGCACCAGAAUUAUUCGGUUUAUUACAUUUUAAUUCAUUAUUCUUACCUGCACACAAAGUCUUCAAACAUUCAACAAAAGGAUGCUAAAUUUUAAUUAAAGAUGAGCAAAUACCUGUUUGAGAUGGCUCUUUGAGUGACGAAUGUUAUUGGAUUGACAAGCUAACAUUUAGCUCAAAUCGAGCAAAGGACCAAAGUAGAUUGCGGCCAUCUUAAAACGACCAGUGUCAACAUUUCAAAGCUUUUUAUGCAGUUGUUUAUUUAAAAUUGCUCUGACAGUUUUUAAGUACAUGGAUAACCUAGCAUAAUCMUGCUGGAAAAGCUACAGCUGCCGUCUUGGAUGAAAUCAUAAUUUUAUGUAAACGAGCAUCAGAUUUGAACUGUUGGUCUAAUUAACAUUGUUGAAAGAGCUAUCUACAGCAGGUAAGAUAUUAGCCUUUCCACAGAACCCAACUUUAGGAGCAUUAAACUUUUUAAAGCUGAUUCAUCUUCAGUUUGUUUCUGACUUGAAUAUUUGCCACCAGUGCAAUGCCAUUUUAGCUAAUAGUUAUGAUUUUUAUAUCCUAAUAUAUUGAAAUGUGACCUUUUUUUUUUCUAAAAAUCACAACCUCUGCAUCGUAGCCAAAACAUUAUUUUUGUACGCGUAAUUUAAAAUUCUGUCAGAAUCUAUCCACAUUAGACCAUUUGUGCUGCUGUUUUAUCUGCAAAUAAAAACAAAAUCAUCAGAUGAAUUGUGGUAGAUGCACAGAAAGUUAGUGUAAACGCAACUAUCUGUUAAAUUAGCGACUUAAAUGAAAUGUUUUAUUAAAUGURGAGUUGUUUACAAUUUUGUAAUUAAGCAACAAAAACGGCAAUGAUUUGGUUUUACUGCUUACUGUAAUGUGAAAAGUCAGUAUUAUAAAAUGUCAGCUUUUCUUAAAUUCAAUCUGUAAAUAUCUUGGAUCAGAAAUGUCCGCACAUCACUGAAAAAAUAAAACAAAUCUGUUUUUCUGUCCAAAAGUUGAAGAAUUGAGUCACUUUAAGGUUCAACUCCCUWUUUGCUGUUGAAUAAACAUCUUUUUAGUUUUCCUGUAA